CAUCGCCCUUAAGUUUUCUCCAAUUUCUGCCCCAUGUCUUUUCUUCCUCAUAGGCAUGUUCGCACGUAGUCCCGCACUCUCAUUUUCUCUCUCUAGAAGCAGAGACUUCAUACGCCACGCCAUGAGCUGAAUCUCUCUCUCUCUCUCUCUCUCUCUCUCUCUCUCCGUCUAAAGUCGCCGCCGUCGCCACCGCCGCCGCCGUCACCGUCUCCGUGGUCUUCCGAUGGCGAACCACAAGAAUUGCCCCAACCCGUUUCAAAUCUUCCCCUUCAUGACCAAGAAGGCCAACCUCUACUACAUCACCACCGCCUCCGUCCUCUGCGCCAUCUUCUACCUCCUCGGCAACUGGCAGCACUCCGGCGGCGGCGUCGCCUCCGCCAUCUCCUCCUCCGGCUUCUCCCGAUUCCCCUGCACCAUCGCCAACGCCAUCCCUUCGUCCUCGCCGCGCAACGCCGCCUCCUCCGCCUUUGCCUCGUCGGCCAACGUCGUCCUCGACUUCGAGGCCCACCACAGGGCGGAGGACCUCAUCCCGACGGAGGCGGCGACGGCGCAGGAUCUCCACUUCCCUCCUUGCGACCCGAAGUUCUCCGAGUACACGCCGUGCGAGGACGUGCAGCGAUCGCUGAGGUUCGAUAGGGAGAGGCUGGUUUACCGGGAGAGGCAUUGCCCCGAGAAGGGAGAGAGGCUCAAGUGCCGGAUCCCCGCGCCGCACGGGUAUAGGUUGCCGUUCCCGUGGCCGGAGAGCCGCGACAAGGCGUGGUUCGCGAACGUCCCGCACAAGGAGCUGACCGUGGAGAAGAAGAAGCAGAACUGGGUCCGGUUCGAGGGCGACCGGUUCAUCUUCCCCGGCGGCGGGACCAUGUUCUCGAACGGCGCCGACGCGUACAUCGACGACAUCGGGAAGAUGAUCGACCUCCGGGGUGGGUCCAUAAGGACCGCCAUCGACACCGGCUGUGGGGUGGCGAGCUGGGGAGCUUACCUCCUGUCGAGGGACAUCCUCACAGUGUCGUUUGCGCCGCGAGACACCCACGAAGCUCAAGUUCAGUUCGCCCUCGAGCGGGGAGUGCCCGCCCUGAUCGGAGUCCUCGCUUCCAAGAGGCUUCCGUACCCUUCGAGAGCGUUCGACAUGGCUCAUUGUUCUCGCUGCCUCAUUCCUUGGGGUCAGUAUGAUGGGGCAUACUUGAUUGAGGUUGACCGGGUUCUGCGUCCCGGUGGGUACUGGAUUCUGUCGGGGCCGCCAAUAAACUGGGAGAAACACUGGAAAGGGUGGGACAGAAAGGAGGAAGAUCUUAAAGCAGAACAAGAUGCGAUUGAGAGCAUAGCGAGAAGCCUGUGCUGGAAGAAGUUGAAACAGAAGGGCGACAUCGCAAUCUGGCAGAAACCCACCAACCAUGUCCAUUGCAAAAAGAACCGCAAGGUGUUCAAGUUCCCGCCUUUCUGCCCCGCACAAGACCCCGACAAGGCCUGGUACACCCAAAUGGAUACCUGCUUAACCGCGCUUCCCGAAGUAUCCGACAUUAAGGAUAUUGCGGGAGGGGAGUUAGCAAAAUGGCCCCAAAGAUUGACUGCCGUGCCUCCAAGGAUUGCGAGCGGAAGUGUAGGAGUAACAGCAGAGACGUUCAAAGAAAACACCGACUUGUGGAGGAGCAGGGUCUCCUACUACAAGUCCCUGGAUCACCAACUAGCCCAGAAAGGAAGAUACCGCAACUUGCUCGAUAUGAAUGCCAACUUGGGAGGUUUCGCAGCUGCAUUGGUGGAUGAUCCGGUGUGGGUCAUGAACGUGGUCCCGGUCGAGGCCACAACCAACACCCUUGGAGUGAUAUAUGAACGCGGAUUGAUCGGAACUUAUCAGAGCUGGUGCGAAGCCGUGUCCACUUAUCCGAGAACUUACGACUUCAUCCACGCUGAUUCCGUAUUCACCCUCUACAGCGAGAGGUGCGACAUGGACGAUAUUUUGUUAGAAAUGGAUAGGAUUUUGAGGCCCGAGGGUGGAAUUAUAUUCCGCGACGACGUAGAUAUUUUGGAAAAGAUCAAGAGAAUGACAGAUGCAAUGCAAUAUGAGAGCAGAAUCAUAGACCAUGAAAAGGGACCGCACGAAAGAGAGAAGAUCCUAUUGGCGUACAAGCAGUACUGGACAGCUCCAGCCCCAACGGAAGGAACCGAUACUGCUUCCUAGUCAUAGACAUGGGAGUUCUCUCUUGUUUUGCAUUUUUCAUGUUCUUGCGUUCUUUUGGUUUUUUUUGUUUUUUUUUCCAUUAUUCUUGUGUUAAUAAUUUAAUCGGCAUUCAAUUUUCCAGUGCCCAAGCAAUAGCAUGAUAGGAAAAGGAGGUUUCAUAGAGAUGACAUCACAAUAUGAUAGCUCAAAGAAGACUUUUUUGGA